ACCAAUGGAUAAGCGCGCUGGAAAUUUAAACGAAUAUCAAAGACGGUGUAAACAAGAGCGUGACUGAGAAAUUAUAGAAGAAACACAUUUUUAAAGCAUUAAAGUGUAACGUUUAAAAUACUUUUUUAUUAUUUUAAAAGUUAGAAUAUGAAUGUGAUGCAAGGAGAGUAUAUUAAAAUGUACUUCUAUAAAAACCGUUUGGAUACUUUUUCAGGAUGGCCUUUUCAAGAGGGUUGUGUUUGCACGCCGGAAAAUAUGGCGAAGGCAGGAUUUCUUCACACUCCCACUGACAACAGCCCCGAUGUGGCUCAGUGCUUCGUCUGUUAUAAGGAGCUGGAGGGCUGGGAGCCGGAGGAUGACCCUGUGAAGGAACAUAAGUCCCAUUCCCCGUCUUGUGCUUUCAUUAACCUGAAGAAGGAUGUGGAGGAGCUUACAGUGGAGGAGUUCAUCAGGCUGCAGAAAGAGAGGCAGAAGUCCUAUAUUAGCAAAAGAUGCAGUCAAAUCAUUGAGAAAUUCGAGGGAGCGGCUAAAAACACACGGGCUGAGGUGGUUAAAUCUGCAAUGGAUGAAGAAUGAAGAGAAUGAUGAGAGGGCUGCAGCUGCAGGCACUGCGCGCUUGCGUCUCCAGUGGUGAUGGGCAUACUGCUGAGCCUAGCGCUCUGCUGUCGCAGCCCACGGCUUCAAGUGUUAAUUGUGCUUCAUAUCCCUCAGUGUGCUCAGCAUUUGCAAGCGUAUGUAUAUAUUUAUUUUUCUGAGACACUUCAAAUGUUUUUUCUUUCUGCCUUGUAAAUAGUUGUGUGUCCUGUCACGCACUACAGCAAUAAAGUACUUUUAGAAAACUCA